AUGAGUUUAAAGGGCUUCCAGAAGAGCAUUGUCCGCGCCCCGCAAACGUUCAAGGCCAGGUUCAACAUUGGCGACAACACCAAGGAUCCUGUCUACACUGAUGCCGAGCGCCGAUUUCAGGAACUCGAAAAAGAGACAAAGAAACUCCACGAUGAGUCUAAGAAGUACUUCGACGCCGUUAAUGGGAUGCUGGAUCACCAGAUUGAGUUCUCCAAGGCUAUGACAGAGCUUUAUAAACCAAUUUCCGGCCGUGCCUCCGACCCGAGCACUUAUACGAUUGAAGGAAACCCCGAAGGCAUUCGGGCUUGUGAGGAGUAUGAAGUGAUUGUGCAGGAUCUGAAGGAAGCACUAGCACCGGAGCUUGAGAUGAUUGAUUCUCGUGUCGUCAGCCCCGCGCAACAGCUCUUAGAGGUGAUUAAGGCCAUCCGCAAGGUUGCUGUGAAGCGAGACCACAAGAAGCUCGACUACGACCGCCACAGGAACACUCUGAAGAAGCUCCAAGAUAAGAAGGACAAGUCGCUGAAGGAUGAGAAGGCCCUUUACAAAGCCGAGGGGGACGUAGAACAGGCUACUCAGGAGUACAACCUAUACAAUGAUUUGCUGAAGGAUGAGCUGCCGAAACUCUUCGCCCUCGAAGCAGAAUUCAUCCGGCCGCUUUUCCAAUCCUUCUAUUACAUGCAGCUGAAUGUCUUUUACACAUUGCACGAGAAGAUGCAAGGCAUCAACAUUGGUUACUUUGAUCUGACACGCGACAUCGAAGAAGCGUAUGAGGAGAAGCGCGGGGACGUCAAAGAGCGCGCUGAAGAACUCACCAUUGUUCACUUCAAGACCACAGGUGGUCGUCGGCCGGGCUCAAAGCUCACUGGCAAAGAUAAACUAGCUGCGGAGCACAAAGGCCGCUUCGGAUCACGGCCCAGUGACCCCGAUGUUGUCGAAAACCCGCCGCCUCCGUACUCUCCUGGCGCCAGUGGAAGCGCCCUCGCAGCAGCCGCAGCCAAAAAGCCGGCACCCCCACCUCCAAAGCCCAAGCCAUCGCAGUUCCGUGCGCCCGUCGAGACAGUUACGGCGUUGUAUGAUUACGAAGCACAGGCCCACGGUGAUUUGAGCUUCUCGGCCGGAGACGUCAUCGAGAUUGUGCAAAGGACCGAUAACCAAAACGAGUGGUGGACAGGCCGUGUUGACGGACGAGAAGGGCAGUUUCCAGCGAACUACGUCCAGUUGAAUUAGUGAGGAUCAGUGAUAUCUUAGCGGCUUUAAUUCUAUUCUCUGCAAAUUAUAUGUUCGCUUGGAGUCUCAUCAGGCUUUACUCGCAUAAAGAAUUGUUACUCGUUCAUCGCUCUGCACUGCUGUGUCCAGGUGGCAUUAACUGUCGCCGUGUAUAUAUAUACCUUGGGGUUCGAGCAAUGAUUCACGAGCUGCUGUGCUUUGCCAGCGGCGUUGAUUCUUGACCUGAUACCUAUCCUCGAAUGUUCUUGACGUUGUGUACAAAGAUGAACAAAUAGCUUGGACUCGUGCCAAGAUAUC